CAAAUCAUUGUGCCCAUUUCUUCCUUUCUUUUCAUUACAUACGCAAAACCCAUUUUACUCCCUCUUCCACAAAAGAACAAUAUCUCUAUUUUCCAAACUACACACAUCAUUUAGAACCAUGUCUUUCUCUACCAAAUUGCCUUUGGUCCUCUUAUUUUCAUCCCUUUUCAUCCAUGCAUCUUUGGCUGAGAUGGUGUGUGAGGACCUGCCAAAGGAAGUGUGUGCUUUCUCAGUAGCUUCAUCAGGGAAGAGGUGUUUGUUGGAGACUGAGAAGGCAGCCGACGGUGGCGUCGAGUACCAAUGCCGGACAUCGGAAGUGGUGGUGGAGAGGAUGGCAGACUACAUAGAGACAGACCAAUGUGUGGAGGCAUGUGGGGUUGAUAGGAACUCUGUUGGGAUUUCAUCUGAUGCCUUCUUUGAGCCUCAAUUCACCGGCAAGCUUUGCUCUCCUGCAUGUUACCAGAAGUGCCCCAACAUUGUUGACCUUUUCUUCAACUUGGCUGCUGGAGAGGGGGUAUUUUUGCCAGAACUGUGUGAAAAGCACAAGACCAACCCUCGUCGUGCCAUGGUUGAACUUGUGAGCUCAGGAGCUGCCCCUGGCCCUGUUUCUGACGUGUCAGAGGCCAUUAUUGCAUCAGCACCUGCCCCUUCUGCCCUGUAAUUUUGGUCCCUUGAAAUUUCACUCUCCUUUUGCAGAGAUGGUGUGAAAUUGAGGGAGACAUUUACCAUUAUUAUUAUUGUUAUUGUGUCACUAUAUUAGAAAAUGGAGAGUAUAUUGCUUCAUUUUUAUGGGUUGAGUUCCGAUUAAUGUAACGGUAAUCAAGAGUUGCGCGUGGUGUUGAUAGGUUUAUGUUAUGUUGUUGUUUUCCAAGUUUCUCAAAUUUUGGAAUUGGAUUUGUUUAUGCUUAGUAUAUUCGUUUAUGAACCAGUAAUAAUGUGAAAUAUGUCUUAAUAUGUGCUACGUAAAUAUUCUUAUCA